ACUUUACUCUUUCUUUUUUAUUUUACACCGAGUUGAAGAAAUUUUAGAAUUCCACGCUGGCAAAAGGAAAAUAGAUAAAGACUAUCACAGGAUAUAAUAGUGAUAAAAAUAAUAAUAAGUUAAAUUUAUUAAUGAAUACACUUUAGUGAUUAUUCCGUUUUGUUUUUAAUUUACAACAAGGUUAUCUUCUUAUUGUUAGUUAGUAUCUUUCGUUGGUGACAGUUCGCAUUUAAAAUCGUUCACUCGCUCGAGUUACGUUUUACCUGUCCGCCGCCAUUUUUAAACUACCUGUAGACUUUAGUUCGCGCGCCACCCUUCACUCGAUUUAUUUCUUACACUUUCUUUAUUUUAAAUUCGGCGCGCUUAUCGAUAUACGAACUAGCUGAGAAACUAUCGACGAAUUAUAUUAUUUUCUAUCUUAGAAACGUAACUAUUGGAGGAGGGGAGAAUCAUGGCAUCGGUGAAAAAAGAAAAAGAAGAAGAAGAUACUAAGUUAUCAACGAAAAUCAUUAAUCAAGGAGAAAUGAAAAUUCACCUGGCUGUGUGCGCUGGAAUUUUCGCUACCUGCGGCAGCUUGUUCGGUAAGCUGUCCGGUGGCGCUGAAUUCGUUUUCUUGAUACCGAUGCUAUUAAAAACAAGUCUCCUCGUGCUCAUGGUCGUUAGUAACACAAUAGGCUGCACGUUAUUCGUAAAAGCUCUGAACGGAAGUGAAUCUUCUUUACCUGCUACGGUUGCCAGCACAGCGACGAAUUAUGUUUGUUCGGCUUUCCUCGGUUUUCUGAUAUUCGGUGAAUCGACCUCCUUAACUUGGUGGUCUGGUGCAUCCUUGGUAAUCCUCGGCUUGAUUCUCAUCUGCUACACACCAACCAAAGAAGAAGACUCUACCAGCCAACAGCGGAAGCUCAAACAGCAAUAAUUUACAACAGCCAUUUUUCUAGCCGAUCUUUUUGUAAGAGGAACAACGAGAAUUGGUGACUCAGAUUGUUACUCAGGUAUACCUAAGUCGUUUAAAUGUAAUUUCUUAUUCUUCUUCUUCUUCUUUUUACUCAUUUUUUACUUACAUAAAUGUGCACAAAUAGUGCAGACAUAAUACAUCUUUAUAUUAAAUUAUCAACAGGAUAUUUUAUUUGAUUUAAUAAUUUAAAUUUUAUUCAAUAAAAUACAUAAGAAUUAUAUAAUAAAAUUGAGUAGAAAAACUUAGUUUUUUUUGCUGUUGAACAUAUUGAUCGUAUAUAAUAAACAAUAAUCUAAAUUGUAUCUGAUAUAUAUAUAUAUGUAAGAAUAUAAUAUAAAACGUA